CCGGUGAGUGCGAGCGGGCUCCGGCCUCGGUGGGGCUGUGCGGGUCUCAGCCAGGAGCGGGCUGGGGAUCGGAGUGAGGCGCUGAAUCCGAUGCUCACGAACUGAGCUCUCUCCAGCUGCAAAGAUGGUAAUAAACGUCUGUCUCCCACAGUUCAAGCCAAGAAUUCACUGCAACAAGAUUUCUGCUGAUGGUUACGAAGUGGAGAACCUGAUCUCUGAAGACCUUGCCAGGAGGAAUCGUGGUUUCCGCAGCGAAUACUUUAUCAAGCCUCCGGUCCAUGUCACAAUCUCUUUUCCCUUCAACAUUGAGAUCUGCAGGAUUAAUAUCGAUAUCUCAUCUGGGGGAUACCAAGCCUUCUCCGGGCUCGAAGUUUACACCUCUACCUCAUGCAAUAAAACCUCUUGGCAGAGCCCCGAGGGUCAGUUCUCAGGUCUGGCCGGUCAGCCUGUGUCGGACAAAGAUGUUUUCACACUGGUGGGCAAAGCUGUCUUAAAAAAUCAAAGCAAAGUGACAUUUGGCCACAGAGGCUUCAAGCCGAGGCCUCCCUUCCUUCAGAUGGAAAAUGUCCUCUCCUACCCUGGCGCUGUGUCUCAAGACCUUUGGAACAAAGGGCCUUCCUCACUGAGCAACGUGUCGCACUUAAAAAUCUGCAUCACCCACGUGGCCGGAGGCGGCCUGCCUGGCAUCAAGAGGCUGGAGGUGUGGGGACAGCCUGCUAAGUCGUGCCCACAGGAGGUGAUCGAGGGCAUCUUUCAGGUGGCCUCGCAGUGCGUCGCCCAGGACGUUGGCACCCUCAAACCCGAGCUCUGGACACCCAUGGAGAGCGACUGCGUGCCCUUCAGCACCAAUGACAGCGAGCAGCAGGCCCUCCGCAAGCUGGUGGACGUCGUCCAAGACAUCCCUGAAGAGUUCCUGGACCCCAUCACUCUGGAGAUCAUGACUUUCCCCAUGCUCCUGCCCUCUGGGAAGGUGAUUGACCAGAGCACCUUGGAAAAAUGCAACCGGAGUGAGGCGUCUUGGGGCAGGGUGCCCAGUGAUCCUUUCACUGGGGUGGCCUUCAGCCAGCACUCACAGCCCCUACCUCACCCCACCCUCAAGGCCAGGAUAGAUCACUUCCUCUUACAGCACAGCAUUCCUGGCACCAACCUGCUCGGCAGGGCUCACGCUUCCGAAAUGCUCAUACCUUCCUCUGUAACGUCUUCUCUGAAAAGGAAGAUGGACUGUAUGGAUCCGAGUUCUGUGCAGCCACUUUAUUUUUCUUCUACAAACUUACUUGUCACAUCUACCUCAGAGAACAGUGCUAAAAAAAUGAAAACUGACAGUGACUCGCAUUUGAUCCAGAUGGACUGUUCUACAGAUCUGCUCUCUCACGAACAAAAGCUGUCUGAGAGCUUGGACACCGCCUUGAACUCAGCGCUCAGCUCCAUGCCAUCAUUCACAGCCAAGCUGAUGAAGAGCCAGCAGGGCGAGGGAGGCUGCAGCACUUCAUGGAACAUGGGCUCCAUCCUCGAGCACAGCAGGAGCAGCCAGACCCAGGGAUGCACGUCCUGUGGCAAAACCUUCUCAUCUUACUUCAAAACAGAGCCCAUCUACCAGCUUCCCUGCGGCCACCUCAUGUGUCGCCCGUGCUUGGCUGAGAAGCAGAAAGCUCUGUCCAUCCUGUGUGCGAGCUGCAAGAGGUCGGUGGCCACGCACGACAUCAGGAGGGUCCACUUCUAACAAUGCCUGGGGAGGAGAACAGGAGCUGCUGCUGUCCCACGUGUCUGUGUGGGUUAUGCAAGGACGACGGCCAGAUGAGCAUCGUGGAGAAGUCUCCUUGUGCUUACAGAGUAGUGGGGGGGGUUAGAGCAUCGUGCCGGAGCAGAAAGCGAUCUUGAGGAUAAUAAAAGCCAUAGCUUCUUUAACAAGGAACGUGUAUUUAUACAGAACUGAUUUCCACCUGUCGCACCCGCCCUCUUACCACCAUCCCAGUGGCUCAGUGGUUAGCAUAGGUGCCUUUUUGGACAGUGAGUUUAGCUUCCCUGUGACUUAAAACCAUGUAAACAUUUGACGAGCAGCCAUUCGGCCGUGGACCAGGAAAUGUCCUCGUGGUUGGCAACGUGCAAACGACCCAACUUUUCCCCUCCCCCCCUCCAGCUCCCCUCGCACAUCACUCAUCCUUCCCCACUGCAGCAAGGCAGGAGAGGAGCAGCCGGUGCCCGAGUGCUGGCAGGGAUCUCGUCCCUGGACUCGUGUAGAAAAGUCAUUGCAUUACACAGGACGUCCCUCUCGGUUUCUGUCGUGUGACUGGACCGGCUCCCGUCUGGCUGAUAGACAUUUAAGCCUUAAUAAAAUUAUGGUUAAAGUCA